AUGUUCCUCCUCCGCAAAACCCUGCUCCACGGCCGCCUCCCCGCGCCGCCGGCCGCCGCCGCCGCCGCCUCCAGGAUCUCCUCCUUCGCCCGCUCCUUCUCCUCCUCUCCGGGGGGCGAGGGAGGCGGGGACGAAUGGGGCUCCUCCUGGUCCACCGGCAUCACCAAGGACCACUUCGACGGGUCCGCCUCCGCCGUCGGGCGCCCCGCCCCCUCCCCGUCCGCGCCCGUCUCCAGGGAGCUGGCGGCCGUGCGCGCCAUGGACGAGGAGGACGAGAUCCUGCGCGACAUCGAUCGCGACAACAAGGCAGGGAAGGCGUUCGUGGACUCGUGGGACGACCGGCUGCGGGAGACCUGCGAGCUCCUGAAGCAGGUGCGGGAGCCCGGAUCCCGCGGCUCCUACCUCAAGGACUCGGAGAAGCAGGAGAUGUACCGGCUGCACAAGGAGGACCCCGCGACCUACACCGUGGAGCGGCUCGCCAAGGACUUCCGCGUCAUGCGGCAGCGCGUCCACGCCAUCCUGUGGCUCAAGGAGAUGGAGGAGGAGGAGGAGAGGAAGCUGGGCAAGCCACUCGACGACUCCGUCGAGAUCCUGCUUGACAGCUGCCCAGAGUUCUUCAAUUCCCAUGACAGGGAAUUUCAUGUUGCAUCCCUUCCAUAUAAACCUGACUUCAAAGUUAUGCCUGAGGGCUGGGAUGGCACGACAAGAGAUCCUGAUGAGGUGCUGUAUGAGAUUUCGAUGAAGGAAGACGACAUGUUAUACGAAGAAUUUGUUCAACGCUUGGAGUUCAACAAGAAAAAGGUGGCAGGGGAGGUGAAGUGCCACAAGUAUAGCAGACGACGACCGGAUGAUGGAUGGGCCUACAUGGUCGAGAAGCUUGGGCCACAGGGAAGACGCGGAACAGGAGGCGGUUGGAAGUUCAUGAGUCUGCCUGAUGGAUCAAGCCGUCCACUGAAUGAUAUGGAGAAGAUGUAUGUGAAGAGGGAGACUCCAAGACGGCGGAGGAGGAUCAUCGCUCCUUACAAGUAAACGGGAAGGAAGGCCAUCUGCUUGUUCUAAUGCAAGUUUUCUGAAACCGUCUUUGACAUUCUCCAGGGAAGCAGCGGUUUAAGAGACCACCGUGACCACCAGCGUUGGUCAUGUUUGUUGAGCUUAGGAGGUGGUCUGAACCACCAGAUAUUCGGUCUUGUUUUGUUGCAGCGGAGGUGGUUUUAUGUAUUUCUGUCCUUUGUAACAAGUUUAGUUCCCCGCUUUUAGGCAGCUGAAUAAUAUCUUUGAACUGUUGGCGUGUCUCCUUCUCCACACAUUUCCAGGAAACACAGUUGGUAGGCAGUGCUUCAUGAUAGUAGUGAAGUGCCAUGCAACACACUCUGUAGUCAACAUUUCAUAAUAUUACCUUUUUCAUUGCCAUGCAUAGUUUUUUGUUUAAA